GCUUUUCCCACGACAGUUCUAUCAAUUGCCCAAUUACCUCCCACGCCUCGUUGCUCACCCCUAAAUAAAAGAGAUUUAUAUUCCUCCCGAGCGCUCUUCAUUUCUCUUUAAUUAUCAACAUGUUUCGUUCCGCUAUUGUGCGCUCGUUGAGAGCUUCCGUCCCUCGCACCGUUCGGGCUGCUGCUGCUCCUCGCAUUCAGAUCACUCCUGCCGUUCGCCCAUCUCAAUUCGUCCCUGUUUUCAAUACUCAAACACCCCGUUUCUACUCAGCUCCUGCUGGUCUUUCCAAGGAUGAAGUUGAGGGUCGUAUAGUGAACUUGUUGAAGAACUUUGAUAAGGUCUCCGAUGCUAGCAAGAUUAACGGAGCAUCUCACUUCACAAAUGAUUUGGGCUUGGACAGCCUUGAUGUUGUCGAGGUUGUGAUGGCUGUUGAGGAGGAAUUCAGCAUUGAAAUCCCCGACAAGGACGCCGACGCUAUCCACAGUGUCGAGCAAGCCGUUAACUACAUCCUCUCUCAGCCUGAUGCCCAUUAAACAGUCAUAGACGGACGGACUUUCGCUGCUUGGAAUUUGGUGUGUCAUUUGAGAAUCGUUUAGAUAAUGGGAGCUCCUGCUACUGGCGUUCUCUUGUGCACUUAAUCUACUCGUGGUUCUUGGUACUUUGUACCCUUGUAUAUCAUCUAUCAGACCCAUCUUUAUAAAACACGCUUCCGUUUCUCUAGACGACACUCGUCUUUCAUACAACUUAGGUACAGUUCCAUGUAUUAUUACGAAAAUACAUGUACAUAUCGACCAUGGGAAGACAUGUGUCUGUA